AUGUGGUCGCUUUCAAGUGCAGCGCAUGAGGGUUUCUUUCUCUUCCUCAGUCAAGGCUUGGAGAUGGUGAUCAUAACGGACGUGACUAAGAUUUCAAUUCCAACCAUUAACUUAACUUCCCAGGAUUGCGAGCGGUUUUUUUUGGCGAUGGGGAAGCAUGGAGAUGGCGGAGUGCGGUCUGAGCACAAGCAGGGUCGGACUAUCACUGGCCCAUCGCGGAGGAUUCGGCAUUUGCCCGGUGACCAAGUGAAUAAUAAGAAAAUCAUGGAGAUGGAUGACAGCAUCAGCGACGGGAAUGAGGAUUGGGGACGCAGGCGGAAACGCGAAUAUGCGAUCGAUCGUGCCUCGUAUCAUAUGUACAGUAUUUCUGCUCGAUCUGGAUUAUCCUGUACCAGAGGGUUGAAAUUGUCGAGACUGUUUGGUAGACCCACAAGCCUUAUCUGGCGUGACUGCUUCAAUUGUGCAGGGUGA